AUGGGCCCAAAGCGCGCUGCGAGCGCGCGACUUGCUGUCGACCCCGCCUUGCGCGCGAGUCUCGUGCACUUACCGGCAUCGCUGUGCUCUGCACUGCUGGCGCGCGAUGUUGUGGCGCAGACAGUGAUUGUCGAGCUCCGUGCUUUGGAAUCCGUGUACUACUGCGGCUGGACAGGGCUUAGCGCCUCGCAGUCUGUCUUGGAUGAUCCGCACAACAGGCCGGGCGAGCGGGUGGCAGUGAGCACCUCACUUGCAUCACUGUUCACGCCGCCGCUGCGUGAUGGCGCCGAGGUCGGAGUACGCCUGUUUCGCUCGCCGCCGGUGCCUGUCGCAAGUGCCGUGCACGUAACGCCAAUGCACCCCGACGACUGGGAGAUUCUGAGCAUCCAUGCGGACGAAGUCGAGGCGAACAUGCUUGCGCAGGUCCGCGCCGCGCGGCAAGGUCAGGUGCUGGCCGUCCAGGUCGGCCGCAGCGCAUCGACCGUGGUGCGGUUUGUCGUGGACAAAACCGAGCCGCGGACGAGGCUCGGGGAGGAGGAUAGCGCGCCGGUUGCUGUGCGUCUUUCUACUGAUACCGAGGUGAUUGUCGCGCCGAAAGAGCGCGCGCACGAAGAAGGAGCGGCGCAUGUGCUGCCCACGGAAAUGCACGACGCGCCGCUUUCGCCGCAGCGCGCCGCCCAAGCGCUCGCCCAAGUGCUUUGGCGUGUGCUUCCUUCUUCUGCACGGCCUGUCGGCGACGAACUGGCAUGGGGCGCGCUUGUGCCCAUGUCACACACGCCUCCGAGCGUCGAAGCGCCUUUUUAUGAGCUCGUCUCCCUUGCGUUUCCCCAAGGAAGGGUGUGCAUCACAAAAACAGCGUGCCCUGCACUGGAGCAGGAGUCCGAGGAGGCGUUGCCGCAAAACGCAACGGCAAGCACUGUAUUCCUGCCCGCGACGGACCUCUUUUCCGCACACGCCAAGACGGAAGCGCUGCGGCGCGUCGAGAUCGACGCACAAGACACGGACGAUGUGCCACCGAGCCCAACGCUCCGACGUGCCCCGGCGGAUCUUGUAUGGCCCGCUGGGCACGUCUGGCUGGGCGACGAGCUCAGGGAAAAGCUCGGCGUGCUUGACUACGAUCUCGUCCGCUUCUCGGCGCCGCCACCCGGCGCAGUACAAGCCAAGGCAGCGAGUGCGCCGCUCGGCGUCCAGCUUGCUGCGCCCAGCGCACUGGCCGGAACACAGGCAGUUGUCGAUGCCUGUACAUUUACGGUGCGCAACGUCCAUCUUAUGCGCAUGCUCCAGGCUGCAGAGCAGGGCCGAUUCGAUACUUUUGAGCACGUUGCAGCCGUCUCGAAACCAUACACAAGCACCUCAGGCAUCCUCCUGACGGGCUCUUCGGGGAGCGGCAAGACGACCAUUGCGCGUGCGGUCGGCGAGGCACUUGCGUGCGAUCCUUCUGCCCUCUUUCAUACCAUUACGAUCGAUUGUGCACAGUUUGCCGAGGAGCGGAUGCCGCUGGUCCGUGCACGAUGCAAGGAGUGGCUCGACGACGCUGCAUGGCAUGCACCGACACUGCUGGUCCUCGACAAUAUUGAUAUGCUGAUGCCGGUGGAGCAGGAAAAUGUCGACGCGGCGCGCGCACAGCGGUUGGCCGAGGCGCUAGUCGCCAAGGUGCAUGCGACUGUGCAGGAUUACGAGGUGUUUCUGCUUGCUACGGCGCAGUCCAGCACGAGUGCACAUGCUGCGCUGCGUGGCGGGCGGAUAUGGACAGAGACAAUUGCGAUCAAGGCGCCAGGGAAGGAGGAGCGCAAGGCGAUGCUACAUGCACUGGUCGAAAAUGCGAUGCGGACAGAGGUGCAUACAGAGGAGGAAGAGAAGGGGGAGAAGAGUCUCGCGAAGAGCGACGAGAAAACACUUGAGGAACGCCUCGAGGACCCAUCUGCACCGCACGCUGCGCAAAUGCCCGAAAGCUCUUCUUUCGAACCCGCUUCUGCCAAAAACGUUUCACCCGAGCUCGACUGGAUUACAUUGGUGGGCAAAACAGACGGCUACCACAUCGCAGACCUUGAAACGCUCACACAGCGUGCCGUACACCAAGCGACUAUCCGAUGUGUGCUUGAAAGCGGCGCCGAGCAUGUGUCCCUCACCAUGUCCGACUUUGACAAGGCGCACGAAGACUUCACGCCGCUCUCCUUGCGCAAUGUCAAGCUAGAGGCUUCCAACACAAACUGGUCAGACAUUGGCGGACUGCAAGCCACGCGCCAAACGCUACGCGAAACCAUCGAAUGGCCGACCAAGUACGCGGCGAUCUUUGCCAACUGCCCACUCCGCCUCCGCUCCGGCCUGCUUUUGUACGGGUACCCUGGCUGCGGCAAGACGCUUCUUGCGAGUGCCAUCGCCAAAGAGACGGGCCUCAACUUUAUCAGUGUAAAAGGACCCGAGCUGCUCAACAAGUACAUUGGCGCAAGCGAAAAAUCCGUGCGCGACCUCUUUGAGCGCGCACAGGCAGCCAAGCCAUGUGUCCUCUUCUUUGAUGAGUUUGAUUCCAUUGCGCCGAAACGUGGGCACGAUUCUACCGGCGUUACCGACCGUGUAGUGAAUCAAAUGCUCACACAAAUGGACGGCGCCGAAGGACUUGAUGGAGUCUAUGUGCUUGCAGCGACAUCGCGGCCCGACUUGAUCGACUCGGCGCUCCUGCGUCCAGGGCGUCUUGACAAGUCCUUGCUGUGCGACAUGCCCAGCCUCGAGGACCGCCUCGACAUUUUGCAGGCAAUUGCACACAAGGUGCCAUUGGAUCCAAGCGUCGAUUUGACACACUGGGCGCGCGUCACCCAAGGGUUUUCUGGCGCCGAUUUACAGGCGCUCUUGUACAAUGCGAGCCUCGAAACGAUCCACGAAACGAUCCAAGCGAGCGAUGCGCCGGUUUUGAAUGAGGCGCGCGCGUCUGGGCUGCAGUACGCGACGCUGGCACAGGCAAAUGCGCCACAUGCCAAGGCACUCAAUGGCGCUGAACGCGCCGCACUUGCUGAGCGACUGGGGCGGAUUGUAGGCUCGGCGCAUGCGACACAGAAAGAAAAGCGCACAGCAGCGCCCAAAGAAAAACAGCUGGUCGAAACGCGCCACAUUGCAUCUGCAUUCAAUACUACGCGGCCCAGUGUCCCGAAAGAAGAUAUUGCGCGACUCGCGCGUGUGUAUCGCACAUUUAAUGGCGAGCGCGAAGCGGAUUUUCCGGAUGGCGAAGCGAGUACCAAUGUAGGUGCACGGACAAGUCUUAUGUAA